AUGUUCAGCGAUCUCACCGCGGAAGAGUUUGCGGCGCGGUAUUUGGGUCACGUGCGGUUGUCGAGCGAGGAGAGGGAGAAACGGAAGGCGAGGGGAGGGGAGACGCUCGAGACGUUGCCGGUGGAACAUUUGCCGGAGGAAUUCGAUUGGCGAUUUAAGGGCGCGGUGACGCGGGUGAAGGAUCAAGGACAGUGUGGAUCGUGCUGGACGUUUUCAACGACGGGUGCGAUCGAGGGCGCGCACUUCAUCAGCACCGGAAAGCUCGUUGAAUUGAGCGAACAACAACUCGUGGACUGCGACGUCGGUUGCGAUCCAGACGUGCCGAACGCGUGCGAUUCUGGCUGUAACGGCGGCUUGCCGUCGAACGCGAUGGAGUACAUCGUAGAGCACGGAGGCAUCGAUACCGAGAAGUCGUACCCGUACGUCGGCGAGAAGGGCGAGUGCAAGGCGAAGAAAGGCAAACUCGGCGCGACGCUCAAGAACUUCUCCUUCGUCAGCGACGACGAAAAACAAAUGGCGGCGGCGUUGGUCAAAUACGGCCCACUGUCCAUCGGGAUCAACGCUGCGUGGAUGCAAAGUUACAUCGGCGGCGUCGCCUGCCCUUGGCUCUGCGACGCCGAGUCGCUCGAUCACGGCGUCCUCAUCGUCGGCUACGGCUCGAGCGGCUUCGCCCCGGUUCGAUGGGCGCCCGAACCGUACUGGAUCGUCAAGAAUUCUUGGAGUCCGGCGUGGGGCGAGGGUGGAUACUACCGCAUAUGCAAAGACAAAGGUUCGUGCGGCAUCAACAACAUGGUCGUCGCCGCGCACGGCGUCGACUGAUCGCGCUUCGCGUUCGCCUCGCGUCUUCAUGCUUCUCUCGCGCCUCGUCGCCUUCAUCGACGACGUCGCGCGCGUUUCUCGCAUUUUCAUCUCUGUAUCUCAUCAUUCUAAAACUAUCGUU